UGAAUGUACAGGCUAGACACAAAAUUUGUAUUAUAUUUAUAUAAUUUCUAUAUAAUAAUAAAGUACAUAUAUGUAUAUGAAAUGGUCAAAGUAGCCUACUUGGAAAUAAUUAAAUUAAAUUCCUGGCCAACUGAUAGUCGGAACAAAAACUUUAAAUUUAGAAAUCUAGUCGUCAAUAAAUGUUAAUACAUUGUGACGUAGACCAUUUUCUGACGUCACAGCAAACACGUUUUUAAACAAGUAUUUUUUUACAGUAAAAGUGCGACGUUUUGGGACGUAUUUCUGGAUUUCACCCGUUUACGAGAUGAUUAUUCAAAGAUGCUAUUAAUGCUGCAGGUUUAAAUGUAAUAACACAUCCAGACCCAGUCACCCUCUUAAACUCUUUCCACAAUGGGUGAUUACCAUCCUGGUAGCCUCGCCGCCUUUACUGAAGGAAUCGCUACCAACAUCAGCCGUGUUCUCGCCGCCAGACCCGACUACAGCCAUGCGAACGCUCACGUGCCGCGGACACCCGGGAUGAGCGUCGCUCUAACGGUGGCCGCGGUGGUGUCGAUUCUCUUCACGAUUCUGGGCAACCAGUCGGUUCUUCUCGCCUUCUGGGUCUCGCGCAGGAUACGGAAACUGCCGAACUACUUCCUGGCGUCGCUGGCCGUCUCCGACCUCUUCGUCGGCGUGUUCUCGAUGCCCCUGUUCCUCCAGUACCUGUAUCUCGACACGUGGGCGCUCGGGCGCUGGGUCUGUGACGUCUGGUUGACGCUCGACUGGACCGUGUGCCUGACGUCACAGUUCACCGUGUUCCUCAUAACGACGGACCGCUUCCUGUUUCUGAGGAUCCCGGGAAAGUACGGCGAGUGGAGGACGGAGCGCAAGGUGUUUGCGGGCAUCGCGGUCACGUGGGUCCUGCCCCUGGCGAUAUUCUCUGUGUCCAUUAUCGGCUGGCCGUUCUUCGUUGCCGAGGGGCGGACGAUCGAGGACGCGGUCUGCUACGUCCAGUUCAUGGACGAUUCCGUCUUCACGCUCAUCUGGACCUUCGCCUACUACUGGAUUCCUUUGGUCGUCAUGUGCGUGCAGUACGGACUCAUCUACAACAUCGUUCUGAAGCUGCGCAAACCCACAGCGGCCGUCCCUCGCGCACGGCAGUUUUCGGUCUCCACAAGAGGAGCGCCCACCUUCUCAAACACCACCUCUCUAGACCUCAGGACGCAGCUAUUUCGGAACUCGGUGAGGUGGGGAAACAACCGUCUCGUGCCCUCGCGAAGCAGACCUGCAGCCACGGGAAACGAUGUAAACGGUGAACGCGCGCAAUCAAGCAGCAUGCAUACCACGUACUCGGAUGCGUUCGUCUUAGAGAUGAGGGAAGAUGGAAAAAGGAGACCUCAUCCGCCAGUGACGUCAAGACGUGAUUCCCUUCUAACACCUACACUUGAGACUGUCGAAGCCAAAACAGCUGUUGAUCAAGUGGAUAGUCAGACUCUUACAAUGGAGGAGUCUUCGUCUGUUGGCAAGACAACAUCUGAGUGCAGGGCCGGCUGCGCUGCUGUUGAAUCUUUUGGCUUGAAAUCGGACGAUGCAGCACCUUCUGUGGAUUCGAGAACCAACAAAUGUGAGUUGAAAUGUGACAGUCCAACAUCUUCUGUGGAUUCGAUAACCAACAAACGUGAGUUGAAAUGUGACAGUCCAACAUCUUCUGUGGAUUCGAUAACCAACAGACGUGAGUUGAAAUGUGACAGUCCAAUACCUGUGGAUUCGAGAACCAACAAACGUGAGUUGAAAUGUGACAGUCCAACAUCUUCUGUGGAUUCGAUAACCAACAGACGUGAGUUGAAAUGUGACAGUCCAGUAUCUUCUGUGGAUUCGAUAACCAACAAACGUCAGUUAAAAUCUGAUAGUCCACCAUCUCAUGUGGAUUCGAGAACCAAUAAACAUGACUUGAAAUGUAACAAUCCAGCACCUGUGGAUUCGAGAACCAACAAACGUGACUUGAAAUGUCACAAUUCAGCACCUGUGGAUUCGAGAACCAACAAAAUUGAGUUGAAAUGUCACAAUUCAGCACCUGUGGAUUCAAGAACCAACAAACUUGAGUUGAAAUGUCACAAUUCAGCGUCUCUUUUAGACUCGAGAACCAACAAAGGCGACACCCGUGUCUCUGUUGGGCGCCGUCUCAGAAACACGGCAGCGAGGUGGUCCCUGAACUGUGCCAAGUGUGUCAGAGUGCACCGACGGGGACAGGGAACAUCCCGCGCAAAACUCGCGCAAAAAGCACUAAGAAGGAUAACUCUGGUCGUCGGCGCGUUCGUGCUGUGCUGGACUCCGUACCACGUCAUGGCGAUUGUCAUAGCGAUUCGCGGGUAUGACGUCAUCAACGACAACCUGUACAUAUUCACGUACUGGCUGCGCUAUCUGAACAGCACCAUCAACCCAUUUUGUUACGCCCUCCUCAACGAGGAGUUCAAACGGACGCUCAUUAGAAUAUUCAAAUUAGACUGGCACAGGUCGUGACACCGUUGGGCGCAUGUUCAGAAGGGCUUAGAUGCAUCACAUGGAAUAGGGUUUUGGGGUUCUAACGAACACUUUCUAUGCAAUUACAUUUACUUCUUUAUUUUGUUUCACGCCUUUAACAAAAAUUUAAAUAUGAAUAAUGCAAAUUACUAAUUUAUGAAAAAGAACUUCCAAAAAUCCCUAGUGACGUCCUGGUGACAAACAAGGGAUUAUUCGUCAGUGCAGUUUGUAGAUCGUACAGCGGAUCUGUAGUUCCGAGUCAUCAAGGUGGAUUUUGUGUUACUUGAUACAGAAGUGGAACAUGAUGACAUAGUGUGGAGUGACGAGUAGACAGCGGGUUUCCUCUCUAACAAUUAAUUAAUGCAUUAAAGUUUGUUGUGGUUACACCACUAAGGAAAAUAACUUCCGAAUUCAUAUAAAUCGUGGUUCAAUCCAGAACUAAUUAAAGAAAUAAUUAUAUUGUC